CCACUUAAACUAUAUCUCCUUAAGCUAACAAGUCUGUCUAUGGAUCUUCAAAAACAAAUUCUCACACUUGAUUGGUUCAAUGAUGACGAGGGACUAUUCUGGGUUGCUAUGGGGAUAGAUGGAACACCAUUUGGUAAAGGUGAUAGUAUGAUAGUGCUACUAGUAGGCUAGUGUAGUGAACUAGUGCAGUGCAGUGCAGUGCAGUGUACAAGAUACAGAUCUAAAUAUGAAUCAAAUUAAAAGAAAAAAACAUCUCAAGCAACCCGAUCCUAAAAUGAUCCUUGUAAAUUAUAUAUUCUAAAAAAAUGUCUACCUAUAUGUGGAGAAAAGGAAGAAUGAAAAUUGAAUGGAAUUCAUUGUGCAAAUAAGGGCUCAUAUGAACAAUAUUAUUUGUAAUUACUAGUUAAAUAUACUUGACUGUUGUUUAAUCAGGUUGGGAAGGUGAAGUUUAGUAUUAAGAUAAAAAUUAAUUCAUUCUCCAUCGCUCUCUGGUAUUUUGUACCAUAAUAAGUGUUUUGCAAUAUUGUUAUCUUAGUGAAUCUGCCGAAACGUCCGCUACUGAUAUCAUUAGAUUACUUAUCUUAAUCUCGUUUGUCAGAGUUUGUGCGUAUGAAGUUUGCCAUGUUAAUUGAAGUUCGAUGCUAUCCUCCUCUAAUUAAAGGGUAUUUGAUGCUCAUUUUCCGGUCUGGAAAAUUACCCUAUCUCCUCGUACCUUCUAACCACUAAUUUGAAUAUCAAAACGAAGUAAGAACCAAAGUAAUCCUAAUUACUUUCGACACUUCCUUGGAAAUCGCUUUAUCAGGCCCCACAUAAACAAUGUUACAGUAUAACAACUACCGCAGCUGCAGAUCGCUAUGUAAGGGUAGUUGACAACGAAUGAAAAGAUAUAUACAGAGGUGGUUUGAUGCAAAGAUUUUUUAGAUGAAAUAUUGUUUUUACAGCAUACGUGUGCAAGAAAAACACGCUUGUGACUUCCAAAAGGGGGUAAAUUGCCGGACAUUGAAUUUAUAUUUAUCUCAAAAGUAAUCUAUAUUUUCCCAAACUGAUUCAACAACAAUUAACAACAGACACCUCGAAAAUGAGAAAAAUAUACAGGUGGUCCGAGCCAUUUAGGUCGACUCAUUAGAUAAAGAUAGAAAUAUUGUUAAAAAGAAAGUUUGUCAAAUUGAAGGCGACAAUAAAAGGGUCUUGAUCGGUGCCUUGCCUCGCCUUCAAUGUAGUAACUCGUGUAUUAAGCUUAUUACAAUUUCAUUACAAAAAAGUAUGAGGCAGAAUUAGGUGCUCUUGUUUAAAGGAAUAGGCCGGCGGGUUUUACUCUGUGCGCGUGCAAAAGUGAAAAGAGUGCAAUAGCACCUGUCAGGUGCUUACAAAAGAAGAAUCGAUUUUGAAUUCAUCUUUAGUUUUACAAAUGUUUCCCAAAAACGGUUAACAGCAAACAAAAGGAAAAUAAGAGAGUCUGAGUUUUUAAAUUCAUCUUUAAAAGUCUUAAGAAGUGACAUAAAAUGUACCAGUAAGCGACCAUGUACUCAACGUCAAGUACGUUGUACUUCCUGGAGAAAAACAAAAGUGAACUGGCCUUCAUUAAAUGAAAAGGACUCCCAAAACCUCGCUGUGACCAGUCACUUCAUAAAUAACCCUGUAGAACACGAUUAGAAAAGCUUCUCUUAUGACCAACAAGUCAUCAGACGUUUGCCCACAUCUUGCUUUCUCAGCUUGGCAGCCAAGAUACUUACAAGAAACUGCUUAUAAUAAUCUUGUUGCUGUUAUCUGCGUCAACAUUACCUCAGCUGUCAUAUGCAUGGUGUUAAAUGCGCUGGUUGUUAUAGUGGUAGUGACCAAACAACAGUUGAGAACUGUGUACAACAUCCUCCUGGCGUGUUUGGCCGUGACAGACUUUCUGGUUGGUUUGCUCGUGCAGCCCUUGUCCGUGGCGGCAGAUUUUAAGCGUAUCUUUGGUCUUGGGCCGUUUUGUAUGUUCGAUACAGUACUGGGGAUGGUCGGCAUUGGAGUAUGCCUGGCGUCAGUUGGCCAUCUUAUGUUGAUCAGUGUUGAACGCUACAUUUCCAUAAAGUUCCCCCUCAGAUAUGACGACAUUGUAACAGAGAAGAGACUUCUUGCUUGCGUGGUGACGGUCUGGUUAGUUUCAGCAGUUGGCAUAAUUGCAAUGAUCCUUCUUGCGUCCAUAAACGCUGAAUCAGAUUUAUAUUCAAUACUGCUGGUCGCAUACGCAGUAAUGUUCCUAGUCGUUAUUGUUGUUUACAUUGUUACCAUUGCCUUCAGCCAUACAGCCGUCUUCUUGGAAGCCAAAAAGCACAAACGCCGUCUGCAAACUGAGCAGUUACCUGACGAAGAAGCCAAGCGCCUUAAAAAGAACUACAAGGCAGCUAAAACCCUGACAAUCAUCUUGACGGCGUUGUUCUUCUCCUACCUGCCCGUAACCGUACUUUUUGGAAGUGCAACUUUCUCAGAUGAUUUGGUGGAGCCACAUGUGUUGUACAUAUUGCUCGCAUGGUGUUAUACGUCUGUUCACGUCUGCUCAAUCUUUAAUCCACUGAUUUACUGCUGGCGAAUGAAAAAGCUUCGUGGAGCGCUGUUCGAUAUAUUACAUUUAAGGCGGGCACAAAUCAGCACGGGCAUGGAAUGA